AUGCACGGACCGGAUGAAAGAGAUCCAUCAGAGCAUGAGGAGGAUGAGGAUGGUCCGCCGAAGCGAGCUGAAGAAGAAGAGGCGUAUCCAGCUGGGCAUCCUCCGUUGAAUCCAGUUCCGGUACAUGGGCCAAUAGAAAUUUCAUCGGUACAAGUGACAGUGGAUGGGCAGCAGACUCCGUUGGAUGGAAUACAGGCUCCGACGGCGUCAGAUCCAUCAAGACAUUUGACAGUGGUAGAGGUUCCAGCACAGCAGAGUCCGUUGGAGCAGGUAUAUCCAGUUCCGCAUUGUCCGUUGACACAUCCUCCGGCAGCUUGGGUUCCAUCAGGGCAAACUGAAAUGAAGUGA